AAAGUUUAAGAGAGAAAAAAAGUUCAAGAAAAAAAGGAAAAGGGAUAGCUGCUCAACCAAAUACUUUUCUUGACUGAAUCUUCCAAGUUGCUUGAGUGAUUGGACCCAAACGAGCCUCUUAAAUAUAUAUUAAGAUGGGGGGGAAAACAUACUACUGGUCUAUUACUGGGGCAUUAAAAAGAGUUCUGUGAGAACCAUGGGUGUGAGGCAGCUUGCCUGCAAGUGCGGCUUUUUAAAGCGAGGGGGAGUCAAGUGCCCAGGUUACGCAUGUUCCAGAGGAGCUGUCCCUUUCAGAACCACAAUUAGAGCGCAAGGCAGCAUCCCCGGCGCAUUUCCCGGCUUUGCCCGAGCAUCUAAACCUUGUUCACAGGAGAGUGAAGCAGAUUUAGCUUUAAUGUAUUUCUAUAUUAUUAAUUUGCUCAAAAAAACAGUCCUUGCGGAAAAACGACCACUCUGAAUGGGCGAGCAGCCUGAAAGCCUCAAAAUGUAUCUUUCAUUGGUUCGGCCAUACGUCUUGUAGUCUGAACGCGUAAAGCGCGUCAAGAUUUGUAAACGGGUAGACAUGUACUUGCUCUGUGGACAUAUAGGUUAUGCAGCAGACAAACAUCCAUCAUGUCACGGGUAAGUGAGCAAGAAGAGUCACGCAAAAUAAUUCACAGUCCAGUACAUCAUUUGGGGAGGCUUAUUUUAGGACCGAAUACAGGAGACGUUAGGGAACAAGGCGCUGCUGUCAUAUAAGCGCGGGGGCGAAGCGGAGCCCAAUCAGCGUCAGUGUUCAUCAAACAAAAUGCAUAAACAGGCCCACAGUAUAAAAUGAAUGCUGCUGUUUUCCUUCAACCAAUUCUAACAAACCACCACUUCCCCUGUUCUCACACGUAGGCUACACACAACGAGCUUGCCGACAACCCCUCAUCGCCGCGCCGCGGCGCCACCACCCCCUCCCUCUUGAAAGGGAAUUAAAAUCUUUAAUAUCUUUCCGCCAACCGCUCGGUGAACGAGAUCUUCGCUUGAGAACCAGUGCGCAGGACCUGACGCGAGAGGGGAAGAGAAUCGUUUGAGCAGGAGAAUUUGCAUCCAUGCGCCGUGGUUAGCUGUCCUCCGAGAAGAAGCGAGCUAAAUCAAACGUGCAACACUGACACUGACGUUCAGAAUAACACGGGCUCCAAUCUGUGCCGUGCUCAUCAGGCUCCAGACGUGCUAGUGUCGGGUUGGCGUGGCGUGCCGUGGAUACCCUCUCCUGGUUGUAUAAUUCUCUCUCGCUCAGAAGCAGCACGUCCUAACAGCCCUCCUCUCCCUCCUCUCCACUUUCAUCCAAGCAAAGAGAAACGAGGAAACGGGGUCCCUGCGUUUUUCUGCCUUUUCUAACUCACCCUGCUCCGCUCAGAUUGAUUUUCUUUUACAUGGCGCAAGGGCUAUGCAAGCGGGACGGUAGUGGUUCCGAUUUUGGGUGUGAUACAGCCACCGUGGAUUUGGAUAUCCAAGCAACAGCAGCAGAGCACUUGGGGAGCAGUUCCGGCGCCCCCACCACCUUGUUCUCCUCUACCCGGCUCUAUGUCGAGUAAUGGUCGGCUCGUUCUGCUGGAUGCUCCCCGCUUCACACGGAUCGUCGACGGCAUCUCCUCCGACAGCAAAUUGCCAUUUUCGACGGAAACCCUCAAAGAGCUAGGCGCUACAUAUGGAAACUGGGGACCAGAAUUUUAGGAAAAAGGAAAUCUAGCGGUUGUUUAAUUUGUUCCAUUUCCGUCUGAUUUGUCCGUUUAUUAAUUAAUUUGUCGUGCUUGAUUUGUUUCAUUCCAUCGUUGGUUUGAUUUGUCGAUUUGAUGUUCGCUCAAUGAUAUUUCGACUCACAGUUUGACAGAUAUCCUCUAUUUCCUUUUUUUUUUAUUUCCACUGGACUUUCAUCCACCCAUUUACAUUCUUCUCUCCCUUAUUUGAACAGAUAUUUCCCUGUCCUUCAUUUUCCUUGGCCCCCUCUCUCCCAGAUUUUCCCAGUAGAGUCAGACGGACUGGGCUUGCAUAGACAUAUUCAAAAACUGCAUAGACGUUCCUACGCGGCAUAUUCUGUCACGUAGGCAAGCUUUAUUAAAAUUCAUUUAAUUCUUUCAAACAUAUUGAAGUGCUUUGCAGAUACUGCUGCCUAUACGAGUCUGCCAUUACUCUAACGUCUCCCCACCCCCUUCUACGCUAACCAUUUCAUCUGAGUUUAGCGUUCCUCUCAGUGCAGUGUUCAUCCUUUUAUCCUAACACAUCAGGAUACCUUGCCUGUGAUGUGCAAGUGUUGAACCAUUCAUUUAAGAAACACUGUCGGAGACCCAGUGGCGUUUUGCAACUAGUUGGUCUCGUAUGCUCUCGUAAUCGAUAGAAUAUUUCGAUUUACCUAUUCAUUUUUAUGAUACAUCCUCUACAUUAUUUAAGGCCUAAGUAAUUACACAUUAAAUACAAAUAGUAUAAAUAAUCUUAUUACUGCUUUACAGCCCGAGCGUAGUUGUAAGUUGUAGCUGUAGGAAAAAGCAGCUGUAGAUUUUUAGCCUUAUUAGGCUAUUGAAGUGGCUAUACUUCUUCUUGGUAAGAAUAUAAUUAUAUAAGACGAGCAGGCAGACGAAAUAACGCCGCCUCGCUCCCCAACCUCCCUGAAACGUUGACCAAUUUCUCUCUAGUUCGGUUCUCACCCAAACGCAACCAUAAGGUUCCUACCGCAUCCUCCCCCGUCCCCCUCCUUUCGAUCAAAUAUAUCCCAUUUUUUUAGUUUGGUUUGGUCCCGUAAAUUUUCAAAUAUUUACUUCCUAUACAUCAAGAGGAAAGGGGGUCCCCCUUUCAUGGAAUGCGGCAACAUGGGCGUGUUUGACCGCGGAGUUCAGAUGCUAUUGACCACUGUCGGUGCAUUCGCCGCCUUCAGUCUCAUGACCAUCGCAGUGGGCACGGACUACUGGCUGUACUCGCGCGGCGUUUGCAAAGUCAAAUCGGUCAGCGAGAACGAGACCAGUAAGAAGAACGAGGAGGUGAUGACCCACUCAGGCUUGUGGAGGACGUGUUGCCUGGAAGGAAACUUUAAAGGAUUGUGUAAACAGAUAGACCACUUUCCAGAGGACACAGACUACGAAGCAGACCCCUCGGAGUACUUCUUACGUGCGGUGCGAGCGUCCAGCAUCUUCCCCAUCCUUAGCGUCAUCUUGCUCUUCAUGGCGGGGCUGUGUAUAGCUGCAAGUGAGUUCUACAAGGCCCGCCACAACAUCAUCCUCAGUGCCGGCAUCCUCUUCGUGUCCGCAGGCCUCAGCAACAUCAUCGGCAUCAUCGUUUACAUAUCAGCCAACGCAGGGGACCCCUCUAAGAGCGACAGCAAGAAGAACAGCUACUCGUACGGAUGGAGCUUCUACUUCGGCGCGCUCUCCUUCAUCAUGGCCGAGAUGGUGGGUGUGCUGGCCGUGCACAUGUUCAUCGACCGGCACCGGGAGCUGCGGGUGGGGACGCACGCCGCCGAAUACCUCCAGGCCACGGCCAUCACGCGCAUCCCCAGCUACCGCUACCGCUACCGCCGGCGCUCGCGCUCCUCCUCCCGCUCCACGGACCCGUCGCACUCGCGCGACACCUCGCCCGUGGGCCUCAAGGGCUUCGGGGCGCUGCCCUCCACCGAGAUCUCCAUGUACCCGCUGAGCCGGAGCGGAGGGAGGAGGAGGAGGAGGAGGAGGAGGAGGAGGAGGGGCGGCGGAGGUGGCGGAGACACCCUCAAGGCCUCGCAUGGCACGCCCACGGCCACCUACAACUCGGAGAGGGACCACAACUUCCUGCAGGUCCACAACUGCAUCCAGAAGGACCUGAAAGACUCGGCCAACGCCGCCAACCGACGCACCACGCCUGUAUGAAGGGGGGAGCCCAGCCCAACCCUGACCAUCGGGGGAAGAGACAGACACAGAGAAAGAGAGAGGGAGGGAGAACAGAAGAGGGAGGAGGAGAACAAGAGAGAGAGAGAGGGUCUGGACAGAGAGGGGGAAGUGGAUAGGCCCAGAAAUCUGAUUUAUGUUGAAUAGAUAUUUUUUGAAAGGUCAUAACAUGUAUGCAUGAUUUCCCCCCAUUUGCCACAGAUGAAGACAUUUUGUCUGGGUUGUGAUACGAGAAUCAGAAUGUUGGGUGCUUUAGGUAAGGGAGGGAGGGGGGAGGGGGAGAGAGAGGGAGGGACGUUAUUUUGGGAGGGGGGGAGUGGUGAGGGCGGAGCUUCUAAACAGGGAGGUGAUAGCUUGUGAAAAUUUCUUCCAUUUUGGUUUUUUUCUGUCUCCUUUUAAAAAUCUCAAUUUGGUCAACACAUAGAUAUAGACGGGCGACAAGCUAUCCCUCCCUCCCGCCCAAACACUAGCCUCUUUUAAUUCAUUGACAUAUUUAUUAGUUUAUUUAUUAUUUGCAUAAAAAACUGUGAACCAGUGCAGUAGGGAAUUCGAUAAUGAAUAGCCCAACCUGCAUACUCUUACAAAGGUACUAUAUAUAGUAUAUAUAUGUAUUAAUUUUAUAAAUAAAUUAAGUUAAUAAUCAAGACUUUCCUGAAGCAAAAAAUCAACAAAAAAUACAAAAACAAAAACAAAAGAAUCAACAAAAGGAACAACAAUUUCAAUUUAAGUGCUGUGGGUAAUAUUUUAUGAGAAAAAAAAGACUCAUUUCCAUGAACUAUGGCAGGAGGAAAAGAAGGGAGCUUCACAGAGACUACAGACAUGUUCAAGCCGGGAAGAGAGGAGACCAUCAUCCUUCAGAGGAAUAUAUGGAGAAAGAGACCAGAAAACAAAAACAAAAAAAAUCUAUUCUUUUAAAAAAGAACCUUCUCGUCUUUUUCUGUCCCUGUUCGCUUUCUUUUUUUGUUGUUUUUUGGUUGUCAUGGGAGCGCAAACGCAUAAGUUGAACCCCUUCACUGACACACCGAAAGAGGGGUCGGAGAUCACGCGGAUCAGAGACUCCAGCACCGACUGCCAAAAAAAAAAAGACAAAGGAAGGAGGAGAGGGGGAGGAAAAGAGGAGAAUGCAGAACACAAAAUAAAUAAAUCCUUACAGAAAAAAAACAUUUGAAAAAAAAAACAGCAAGCAACAGAUAAAGUACGAGUUAUUACAAGAAACGAAGCUAAGUGACUCACAAUUACAGAAAUUAAAUGCAUGCUAUAAAAUUACAGCAGUUCUGCUCUUGACAAACUUACGUUUGAAAGGAUAACGAUAACUAUAGGGGAAAAAAUGAUGUUGCAAAAGUUUAAAAUAUUAAUGGUUUUUUUUGGGGGGAUCUUCUUUCUCUUGUUCUUGUUUUUCUUUUUUUAUCAUUAUUAUUUUGAGCUUUUUGGUGAUAAACCGAACAAUCAACAAUGAGAACAACUGUUUUUUUAUUUUGAUUUGUUUCUUUGUAUAUGUAUGUAUGUGUUUUUUUAUUCACACAGCCUUAGUCAUAUCUCUUUUGAUUUCUCAUAUGUUGUUUAAGAUGAAAUGAAAUCUAAAGGUGCCAAAACAGUAUGAUCCUUAACUUGGAUGCAUCAAGUCCCAAUGAAUAAAAUACCAACCCUAGGGGGGGAAAACACUG